AUGAGUGCAUAUGCAGCUUUAAAAGCUGAAGCCCUUGGUGAAACAGGUUCUGUAACUACACCCUCGGAUGUAGAUGAUGAUAUUUUGCAGUAUGCAAAGGGUUCAGAAGACGAAUGCAGUGAUGAUGAUUACAACGAAUCAUCCCUUGAUACCAAGGUAGGAUCAACAGUCAAGGAGAGCACUAGCUCGAUGCCUGUUUUGUCAAAACAAAGCAUUUUUCAAUCAGAUUUCCUCCCAAGCGAAACGAACUUGCAAUUCGGGGAAGAUUCCGUUUCAGUGAGACUUGAACGUGGAGAUUUCGUAAUGGUUCAGGGGAUGUUCAAACUUAAAGUAUUGCAUGGAGUUGUACGGAUCAAUAACUGCUAUGAAUUAAAUUCUGAGGGUGAUUUUGUAUACACUUUCUUCACCACAAAUUCGCAUGCUUUACCCAUUAUUGCCAAUGCAUCUACGGAGACACAAACGAAGGACGACUUGGCUAGAAUCAAGUUAAUCAACUACCAUACCGGAUUUAACGACAUGCAGCACAACUUUGUAUUAUCCCAACCGGUCUCAGAAGGGAAGGAUGCAGACAAUAUCUUCCAACGAUUUACGUUCCAGAUCGUUAUUGAAAUCUCCAAUAACUGCGGCUUGUUUUUGGAUGAUGCGUGGGUAAGUUACUUCACGACUACUGCUGCAUUAUCAACAGCCAAUUUGAUCGUUAUUGGAAACAAAAAUUCAGGCAAGUCUACUUUCUGCAAGUCUUUGCUGGAGUAUUUACGCUUCGAAAGAAAACAGUCAGUGGUGGUUAUGGAUCUUGAUCCAGGGCAGUCAGAUAACUCAUCACCUUAUUGUAUGUCCUUGAGUAUCCAAAUGCCAACAGGGUCCUGUUCAAACUCGGGUUAUUUAUUUGACAAAUACGAAGACUACUACGGCUUUACUAGCCCAAUGGAUGCACCAACCAGGUAUCUUGAAAUCACUAGGAAGCUAUACUCCAUUUAUCUUCUCAGAUACAAACACAAAGGCAUGAGACUAAUCAUAAACACUCCAGGCUGGAUUAAGGGGUUUGGCAAGACACUCUUGCAGAAAGUGACCAGUAUUGUCAGCCCUUCUGAUUUGGUUGUCUUGACAAAUAAUUUAACAAUUGGGGCAGAAGAAAACCAAAACAUAUUGCAAAGCAUGGAUUAUGUUACAGCAGAACUAUUACCCGGCGUUUUUCGAUUGCCUCUUAGCUCUCCUAGCCACCUCAGAACAGACAACAAGCUCAUGUACUUCCACCACAAGGGGAGUGGCAAUUUUGAUUUUAGUCAUUAUCUUUUGAGUACACCACCAGAAAGGAUCAGCUACAUAAUAGGAACCUGUGGCCGUGGCAUAUAUGGCGUUUCGAUUCUCAAUUACAAGGUGGAUGCCAAUUUUGAUUUUGAUAAUAUUCCGAUAUUGCUUUCGUCGCUGAUCUGGGGAGUAUAUAGCACAGAGUCGGCAUGUGACGACACUUUAAUGUCGGACAACAAGUACAAACUAUAUCCAAACCUCGUCAAAUCUAAGAAUCUUGAGUCGGUUCUUGGAAAUGUUGGCCAAUUUUUGGGGUUGCUUAUUAUACACAGCAUCAACACCAAAGAUAGUUAUUUGAAUGUUUAUGCACCCCCAAGUGUGCUGGGAAAACUAAGACAAGCUUUAAAAUCCAAUUCUAAGAUUGUUCUCGUACGUGGUGAGGGUAGUAUUCCACCAACAGAAUUAAUGUACCCCGGGUUUCUUCAGAACAGAAGCGCAGCGCCAUUACGACGCAUGCGUGCGAACUUGUCUGAGCCACAUGUACCAUACUUGAACACCAAAGGAAGAACAAAAGUUGGGGGCAUUUGGAAAGUGAGGCGAAAUAUACUUCGCAAGAGUCACCGUAAAUAA